ACCUCACUCUCGUCACGUCGUCUGGAUGUAUGGAUGUUGUCUGUGUCCGGAGCACACGGUCUAAGUGUUUACAUGCGUUUUGUAUGCUAUUAUUUUACUGAAAUAGUAGGGAAAACGCUGAAUAAUGGCGGAAUUUGUGGAACUCCGUACGGAGGAAAUGCUCCCGGAGGUGGAGCAGAUGGAACGUAUGUUAAUGUUCGAAAAAGAAGAGUUGAGAACCAUAGCGAAAAAGAGGAAAGAGUUUGAAUACAAAAUUCAAAGACGCACCAAAAAUAAAGAAGAUUAUUUAAGAUAUAUUCAAUAUGAAAUGGAUUUGUUGAAAUUGAUACGUCUAAGGAGAGAAAAAAUGGGAUAUCAACAGAAGAAAGCCAAUAUAGACUUCACUAUUGGAAACAGAGUUAAUAAACUUUUUAAGCAGGCCAUAUUCCGUUUUCAAGAUGAUGUUCGUUUGUGGCUCUCUUAUAUUAAAUUUUGUAAACAAGUGCGUUUCUAUAGCUGUGUCAGUCGAAUGCUUGUUCGAAUGUUGCAAGUUCACAGUGAUAAACCACAAUUGUGGAAACUUGCUGCAAAGUGGGAAUUCGAAGAGAGUCAAUCUGUUGAAAAUGCUCGUCAGUUUUUACUGAGAGGUUUACGUGCUCAUCCGGAGUCUCGAUUGCUAUAUGCGGAAGCAUUCCGUAUGGAAUUACAUUAUGCUGCCAAAAAAAGAGCCGAGCUGGAGGAAGCAAAAAAGAAGCAGCAGGAAGGUGACUUGGCUGUUGCUGGAACAAGUACAAAAGAUUCCAAUGAAUCCAGUGCUGAAAGUAAGAGCAGUGGAGUAACCUUCCAUGGAGAUGUGGUUCCUGACCAGGUGGCAGAAGGUAGAUUAGCUGAGCUGAUUUAUGAAUCAGCUAUGAAGAAGGUAGAUGGAGUUGCUUUCAUCAUACAGUUGUUGGAUAUUGCUAAAGAAUUUAGCUUCACUGGAAAAUUGCAGAAGAAGAUUGUUGAGGAUUUAUUAAACAAAUACCCAGAUGAAGAACUGACCUGGGAUACCAUGGCAAGAAGAGAACUUGAAGGCCUGACUUAUUCAGACCCACACAAUUCAAACCAAUCGCCUUUAGAGCCAUUACUUGGAGUUACAGCGGACAAUUCUUCCAUCCCCCUCAGUCCAGAGGGAGCAAACACAAUGGAAGUUGAUGAUGAUAAUUCUGAACUUAACGAGAAGAAGGGGAAAUCAAAUUUAACACAAAGGCUAAGACUUUGCUGUGAAGUUUAUGAGGCAGUUGUAAAGAAGAUCAAUACUGAAAAAAUGUGGUCAUUAUACCUAGACACUAUGCUGGAAGCAAAUUCUGACCAAGCUCAUCUUCCUUGUUACAAGAAGAAACUUUUAAAGCAUGCUCUGCAAGGUGCCCAUAAUGCUGGAAAAUUGCAAGAAAAAUAUUAUUUACAUUGGAUUGAAAUGCUUCAGACUGCUGGCAAGUCCAAAAAGGCUAGAGAUGUUUUAAAGUCAGGUACAGAGCGGAUUCCAACCAGUGCAGAAUUAUGGCAACUACGAUUGCGUUUUCAUCUUUCUAGAGAUGAAGAAAUUAUUGCAGAAGAAGUAUUUCAUUCAGCACUUGAAAACCUAGGAACUGAUCCAGAGAGUGUUUUACCCUUAUGGAAGAUACAGCUGCAGUACUGUCAAACUAAAAGUCCAGCUAAAACAGAGGCCCUUUUUGAAAAAGGUCUCAAUGCUGCUCCAAAUGUGGCCACUGCUUUGCGACCUCUCUACCUAGAAUGGCUGUGCCUGUCACGCGGUAUUCGUGAUGCCAGGGCUGCUUACGACAAGCUGUGCUUGCAGCCUCCACUAAGUCUCGACCUUCACACUAAAAUGGCAGCCCUUGAAUCUAUGCAGACCACUGCAAUAAUGAAGCAAGUGCGAAAAUGUCAUGAAAAUGCUUCCAGUCAGUUUGGCAAAGAUAAUGCAGAUGUGUGGAUGGAUUACGUAAAAUUUGAAAUGAAAAGGGGAGAACCCAAGAACAUCAGCAACAUAUAUCUCAGAGCUGUUCGCCAAUUAGAACCAAUCCAGGCAGACAUCUUUAUCCAUGAAUUUUCUUUAGUGAAAACCUGUAUGGCAGCCCCGCAGACACCUGACUCUUAAAGUCACCAUGUGCCAAUUGUGUUCUCUUGACUCAAAAAUAUCUAAUUUUGAGGUGACUAUUUGUAUCUAUUAUAAUAGUUUGAAAAUUUCUUCUUUUUAAAAUUUCCCAACUUAUUCAAAAUGUGAUUUUAAUCUGUGAAAUAUUUGUAUACAUACUCUUCUAUAUAGUGCUAUACAUAUAUUAUGUAAUCUUGACAACACAUGUUCACACUACUGUUUUUGUGGAAAUGGAGAGGUUCUUCGUUUGUUGCAGUUGGAUAUGACUGAGCCUUUUGUAUAUAUUUAACACAUUUUGCUAAUAUCUCCACCAUGCACUAUGUCGUCUCAACUCUCUAAUUUUUGCAUCAUGUACUCUACUUUUAAAGUUAAUAAUGAGUAUUAUGCAGUUCCGGGACUUACCUGUGAUGUAUGUGGUACCGCGUUUGUGGAACAAAAUACAAUCUUACGGCUUGGA